CUUAUUUCAUUUCAACUACAAUCAAUCAAACAAACAAACAAUCAAACAUGAUGAAAAAUUAUUUGGCAAUGUUGGUGAUCUUGGCCACCAUCAUGAUUGCUGUAACAAUGGCUGCACCAUCUGAAUCACCUGAAGCUGAAAUUCCGGAAGCAGCAUUACGAAAAUAUCAUCCUUUAUUGAAAAAAUUUGGCGAAAAAGCUAAAAUAUUUUUACGUUGUAUGGGUAUUGAAUGGGUAGAAAAUUGUGUGAAACCAACAUUGAAUUGUAUCAAAGCACAUAACGUUAUUGGUUGUAUCGAAUUGAUUGUUUGUACCUGUAAAGAAGUUAAAGAUUGUGUCCAUCAUUUACGUGAAGUGAUGAAUAAUUCAACUACCGUUGCACCAUAACUUCGUUUGCAUAUUUCUUAAAUUUUUAAACCAUUAAAAAUAUGGAUUAUUUUUAAUCAACAUUUUUUUUUGUUUCAAUUUGAAAUUGACCAAGUAAAAUAAUUUUAUUUUAUCA